AUGACUCUUCAAAUCAAGCAGAACUCAUCAUCUAUUUUAUCUUUAGCAACUUUCUUGCUUUGCCUGGUUGCUGUGCUAAAUGCCGGAAGAAAUUCUAUUUCAUUCUUUAUGCUGUUGAUUGUUUGUAUGGGAUACGGUGUUGUCAAACCAUCCCUUGGUAGUACAAUGACUAAAUGUCGAGCAUUAACUUUAGCGCAUUUUGUCUUUGGUGUUAUAUAUGCUGCUGGUACAUUGCUUAUAGACCCUGAUACUGCAAGUCCUCUCGUGUUUCUGGUCAUUUUCCCUCUAGCCUUGACAAUGACUACAUUUUAUGUCUGGACUCUUCAAUCAAUUACAAACACACUUCAAACUCUUGAAAUUCGUCGACAAACCGUUAAAGCUUUAAUGUAUAAACGACUAUAUAGACUUUUAGUUUUUUCGGUAACAGUUCUCGCUAUCUUCUUUUUCAUCAAUAUGUUCAAUUACAUACAUCGAGAAGAUCCUGACUGGAUACCAGCUAACUGGCAAAGGACAUG